UCUGGUGAUAAGCUUCUUCCAUUCGCUAGUGAUAAAAUCAAGAAACAUAAACAUAAACUAUGUAACCGAAGAAAAAUAAACGAAGACGAUCAUUACAUGCCAAUGGAAAAUUACAGGAGGGACAUUAUCAGCCAGCUGCCAGAUGAUCUGCUCUUAAGAAUACUGUCGUCACUUUCUCUUAAGGAAGUGAUGGCAACGAGUUUCUUGUCCCAACGGUGGCGGUCUUUAUGGAAGUUGGGGUCUAAACUCAAGAUUGGUGAUAAAGACUUCGACGACUUUCUUCUCAAAUGGGUUUCCAGAUCUUUGGCUAUUAGUAACCCUCAGAUUCUAAAGAGCUUGGAUUUGAAGCUUAUCCCAGGUAAUGAAUGUGACAGAAAUAGUAACUCUUUUCAUAGGUUCUCCUCUUUGGUUGAAACCGCAGUUUCUUGCGGUUUGAGAGAGUUGAGAAUCGAGUUUCUUUACACAUCCCUAGAACUGCCGAGUAUCUUCUAUGCAUGUGGGACCCUCGAAACAUUGAUACUCUGCAGGCUACAUCUCGUGGAUGUUCCGCCUAAUGGUUCCUUGUCGUCUCUCAAAACUCUUCGCCUUUUAUCCGUCAAGUUCUCACGCGACGAAUCUGUUCAGAAGCUUCUAAGCAUUUGUCCAGUUCUUGAAGAGUUGGUUGUAAGACGAUCCGGAUAUUCCAAUGUGGAGAUCUUCACUAUCAACGUGCCUAGUUUGACGAGUUUAUCGAUUGAUUAUAUACGUGUGGGAUCUCAUCAACCCACGGGUGUUCAUGGAUUUGUCAUAAAUGCUCCUUCCUUAAGGUACCUGAACAUUAGAGACCGUCACAGUAACUAUUUGCUGUUCACAAAUAUGCCGGAGCUGGUCAAGGCGAAUGUUGAGGCUGUUUGUGAUCAAUCCGAGAGUCUAAUAGGAUCUCUUGCCUCAGUCCGUUAUCUCUCUUUGUGUUCAAAAUCUUCAAACAUUCCAUACCAUGCAGGCACUUCCUUUGCCUUUCUUGAACAUCUAGAGCUGUGUACUUGUUCUUCGGAGUGUUGCAAUCUACUUUCCCGCAUAAUCACAGACCCCCUAACACUUCGAGUUCUCAAGCUUAAGUCGGUAUGUAGUAUUCAGUUUCCUUAAUAUGUGUGUGUGUUUUGCUUUCUUCUAGCGCUAACACCUACUUUGUGCAUCUCAGAUACAUCGCGCCCAUUAAUGGUUCGUUGGAACAAGCAGACUUUUGUUCCUGAAUGUUUGUUAUCGCAUCUCAAGAAUUUGGAAUGUAAACAUUCAGAGGCUCAAAGCUAAACAAGUGGCCAAGUAUAUCUUAGCAAACGCUGGUCAUCUGAAAUUAUCUUGUCAACAUUUUUUCGACCUUUUUUUAAUUGAAUGUAAAAUUGAUUCGAACAAGAAACUCAUUUCUAUAUUAAGUUCAACAUGUCACUGAAUUUGGAGUAUUUCUUUUGGAAUUUACAAAAGGUGUUAAAUUUGUGAUAGUCAGCUACUCGAAGUGAACCGCGCUUAUUUGACUAUCCCUUCUUGUUUCUCUUGCUGGUUUGUACAUAAGUUUUAUGAUUGCAGGUGGUGCUUGUUGUUAUUUCCAAGACGGUCACCGUUUCUUACUUGAAUGAGCUUAUUUUAGUAUACGUUGUAAACUUGUAAUUAGUAACUAGAAUAAUCGAAUCCGCGAGCGUGCACAGGUUAUUUUUUUAUUUUUAUUUUUAUUUAUAAGAAAAAUAUAUGAUGUUUUGCAUAUGUUAUGUAAAUAAUAUUAGUUUUAAUUUGUUUAGAUGAACAUUAUUGUUAAAUAAACUUAUUCUGUGAAAUUAUAUACUGAAAUAAUUUUUUGAUGUUCAAAACCAUAAAUUAAUUUUGCAUGUAAAAAUAUACAAAUUAGAGUGAAUCUGAAAAUGGUUAUGUAUUCAUUAAGCUGAUGCAGAGAGAUCUUAAGCUCAUUAGUGAUAGAGUCGUCUUGAUUCGUCGGAGAGAUGAUGAAGGAGCCAAUUGUUAAACGAUGAUGAAGGAGAGGAUUUUUUUUCCCCCAAAUUGUUAUUUUAUUGAACAAAUGGGCCUAGCCCACUGCCGAAGCCCGAGUACACCAAAGUACAACCUAAAAAACAGAACUAACGGGUAACUAAAAAACGGCCGAAGCCCAAAUAACAAAAAUGGUCCAAGGCCCAAACAGCUACGCCGGGCUUGACCUAGACGCACGUCAAGGAGGCAUGAGCUUUACAACGUGUAAGAAUCUGGUUUAUCAGCCCGCCACGCGUCGCCCGCCUCGACUUGGACGCCCCAUCCUCGCACAGCCACCGAUACUUACCACCGUCACCACGUUUCGCCGGAGCUCCAAAGGAGAGGAUUCUAGUCUUCUUUUUAAAACCGAAAGAGUAUCGCUGAAAAACAGGUGAACAAACUAAAUAACCAAAACUAGAAAAGUAGAACACUAUACACACAAAGUCUGUCCUCAACUUUGGAGAUUGCAAGCAAGAAAGAAAAAUUGGAUGAUUUGCAAAUUUUUACAAAAGAAAAUUUACAAAAAGUAAUAAGCUUACCAGAAGGAAGAAACAUUUGUAAUUUUUUGGCGAACAAUAAAUCUUAUAAAAUUUGUGGCCUGAAGCCAACAAUGCUUGGUUGGCGUGGUGUUAAGGCCGGCAGGGCGUACACAUGGAUCAAGACUCCAGAGGGGAGAAAGCCCUCACGCAGGACAGAUAGAGAAAAAAAGAUAGUGGUUUGGGAAAAAGAGAACUAACCACUGACAGAUCGAGAGGUAGAGAGACCUUAUCCAUCACGAGCUUCCCGAAGAAUGAGGUGAUGGAGCCAGAACAGAUUUUGGAAGUGACAUGCUCCAGUUUCAGCCAUUAGUGUGGCCAUCUUAUUCUUAUCUUGAUGGACAUGCUCCAGUGCCACGUCUCAAACUCGGAGAGGAGCACUAAGAUGUUGUGGGUGAGCUCAGAAAGAUAGGGAAAUGCCUCUGGGUUUAAGAAAGUUGUAUGUGAUUCUAGUGAGACCAUCUCUAAUGGUUUACUCUAUAAUAACUCUAUAAUAGAGUUGGAGUUUGCUCCAAUGAUACUCUAUUUUAGAGUAAAAAAUAGAGUGAUGAACAAAAAAUAAAUAAAUUACUCUAUAUUUGGAGUAAACCUAGUUUUCACUCUAUUAUAGAACGAAAAAUAGAGUAUCGUUUGAACAUUUUCACUUUAAAUUCUAUUUUAGAAUUGAAAAUAGAGUGGAGUUGGAGAUGUCCUGACGAUGAUUCAAAUAUCACUUUCCUCUGCCUUAAGUUACUCAUACUACAGGC